CGAUGAGAAAAGAAACUCGUCUGUGAUUGGUGGAGAUCAGACCCAGCCUUGUUUGUGAUUGGCUGCAGUGGAAAGAGUUCAUGUUUCUUAAGACACGGCCUCUCUUUUGGUCAAAGCUAGAACAUGGAGACAGGUGGGAAAGUGAUCAAGUGCAAGGCUGCAGUGGCCUGGGAAGCUGGAAAGCCUUUAUCAGUGGAGGAGGUGGAGGUGGCACCACCCAAAGCCCAUGAAGUGAGAGUGAAGAUCCAUGCGACGGGCGUGUGUCACACUGACGCCUACACUCUGAGUGGCAGCGACCCCGAGGGCCUGUUUCCCGUCAUCCUGGGCCACGAGGGCGCGGGAACCGUGGAGAGCGUCGGAGAGGGAGUGACCAAGUUCAAACCAGGGGACACGGUGAUUCCCGUGUACAUCCCACAGUGUGGAGAAUGCAAGUUCUGCAAAAACCCUAAGACCAACCUGUGCCAGAAAAUCAGGGUGACCCAGGGUCAGGGUCAGAUGCCCGAUAAGACGACCAGGUUCACCUGUAAAGGUAAACCCAUCUUCCACUUCAUGGGCACCAGCACGUUCAGCGAGUACACGGUGGUGGCCGAUAUCUCGCUGGCCAAAGUGGAUGAACACGCACCGCUGGAUAAAGUGUGCCUGCUCGGCUGCGGGAUCUCGACAGGAUAUGGAGCUGCGCUGAACACGGCCAAGGUGGAGCCCGGAUCUGUGUGCGCAGUAUUCGGUUUAGGAGCCGUCGGGCUCGCCGCUGCCAUGGGCUGUAAAGCCGCCGGAGCCUCCAGGAUCAUUGGCGUGGACAUCAACCCGGAGAAAUUCGAAACGUCCAAGAAAUUCGGCGUCACAGAGUUUGUGAACCCGAAGGACCACAGCAAACCGAUUCAGGAGGUGCUGAUGGAGAUGACGGACGGAGGAGUGGACUACAGCUUCGAGUGCAUCGGCAACGUCGCCACUAUGCGUGCCGCUCUGGAGGCGUGUCAUAAGGGCUGGGGGACGAGCGUGAUCAUCGGCGUGGCUGCAGCGGGUCAGGAGAUCUCCACCCGUCCGUUCCAGCUCAUCGUAGGACGCACGUGGAAGGGCACCGCGUUCGGAGGUUGGAAGAGUGUUGACAGCGUCCCUAAACUGGUAGAAGACUACAUGAACAAGAAGCUGAUGGUGGACGAGUUUGUGACUCACACGUUGCCUUUCGAUCAGAUUAACGAAGCCUUCGACCUCAUGCAUGCCGGAAAGAGCAUCCGAGCCGUCCUGACCUUCUGAAGACCAGCUCGAGUUCCUCCGUCAAACUUCGAUCAUUAUUCAUUAAUUCAUGUUUGGCACUAAUUUCUGAGCACUUAAAGUUCUAGUCCUGAUACAGAGUUUGUGAUCGUUACACAUUAAAAUGGACUCAAAAAGAUCAAUAAAUGGAUCAUAAAAUGGUGUAAACUAAA